AUGUCGUCAUCCGGCGAGUUUGGCAAUCCCCUGCGGAAGUUCAAGCUCGUAUUCCUCGGCGAACAGAGCGUGGGCAAAACAUCGCUAAUCACCAGGUUUAUGUACGACAGCUUCGACAACACAUACCAGGCCACGAUCGGUAUAGAUUUUCUUUCGAAAACUAUGUAUCUAGAAGACCGAACAGUUAGAUUACAGCUGUGGGAUACUGCCGGCCAGGAACGGUUCCGCUCGCUAAUACCAUCGUACAUUCGUGAUUCAACCGUAGCAGUAGUAGUGUAUGACAUUACAAAUGCAAAUUCAUUUCAUCAAACAUCGAAAUGGAUCGACGAUGUGCGAACGGAGCGUGGCAGCGACGUUAUUAUAAUGCUAGUUGGAAACAAAACCGAUCUCUCCGACAAGCGUCAAGUGUCGACAGAGGAGGGCGAGCGAAAAGCGAAAGAACUGAACGUUAUGUUUAUCGAAACUAGUGCAAAAGCAGGCUAUAACGUAAAACAGCUAUUCCGAAGAGUAGCUGCUGCCCUGCCCGGCAUGGACUCGACCGAGAACAAACCACCAGAAGACAUGCAUGAAGUUGUGCUGAAAGAUUCACCAAAUGAAACAAAAGACCCGGAAGGCGGUUGUGCAUGCUGAAAUGACCAUCAUCCUGUUCGAGAGCCGUCCGCAGCAACGACUAUUGAUGCACUAUGAUAACCGUUACUACUGACUAUCGCUACUAUUACUGCUAUUAUAACAGCUGCGAUGAUGGCGUUCACGACUAUGAUGAAUAUUGCUGCUUAUCCGUUACGAUAACCACCAAAAAUACGCACCGCAGUGAUGUGAGGCGGCUGGCUGGCUGGCCUAGUGACAAAUUACGGGCUUAUCAAGCGCGAUCCGAUGGCGCAUUUGAAUCCCCGCGAUACACAGACGUGUGAUGUGCAUUCUAUGUCGUAUGUGUUUUUUUGUUACAUUAUUUCCUGACAUAUUUAUUUGUAGCAAUCGUCCGCGGAACCGAUUAUUCGAUAAUAUUACACGAAGUUGUCACCAACUAUUUGUACGAGGAUGAUUACGAUUACUGAGAGGUGCUGUGGUUUGGAUAUAGUGAACAUCAUUUACUGCUUAAUCAUUUAGAUGGCAUUCACUUUUGAUUCCAUUUAUGUUUCGGAUCAUCGUUCCCCUUUUUUUGUGUUUCGUAAGACUGCGCUCUGUAAACAAUAGCGCGAACAAAUUGUUCAUCCAAUGUUUUUCCCUACAUGGCAGAAUAUUCCAUUUUCUGUCUUAUCCAGCAAUCGUCAAGCAAAUUAGUGUUAAGUGAGUACAUCAUCCGUGAGUUGGUUACUCUCACGAGCGAUUGAAAGCAGCAAUAUUAUUGUACAUUAACGUUCCAUUCUUCCGAUUUAUAUACCGUUCGUCUAUCUCUAAUUUUAUUUGCUUUGCUCUAUGUUAACCGAGAGAGAACAAUAAUCCCGCAAAUAUUCCAGCUAAUUCUGUAAACCCGAUCACGAUAGCAGAACCUAUUCCAGGUGACAAGACAAAACUGUUUUGAAAAUUAUACUGUAACUGAUGGUAAAUGACAGACGCGCACUUCUUGAGGUCACUUACCUUAUUCUUACUUAUUAACGUUUUUAAGCAUAAGUUGUUAGAAAUGUAAU